AUGUGUGCUAUUUAUGAGGAGAAUCUUGCACAAGGCGAAGAAUACAGUUUUAAGCAAUUUCCCCGUUUUUGCACAAACACAUUCAGCGAUGCGAGUCGUCGUCGGGUGAUGAGAGAAAGAAAAACUAGUAGUUGUGGAGCGCAAUUGCGAUUGUAUGCAAUUCGCAAUCGUAUGCAACUUCUCUGUUUCGUUGACGGAAAGUGUUCUCAGUCGCGUAAAAACACUGCACCGGAAUGCAAGAAAUAG